UAGAUUUCUGUUGUUAGGCUAAAGAAAGCCGCACAGGUUAAAUAGUUUAUUGGGGAGGACUAUAGUCUGGAAAUAACCUGAAAUCCAGGUUUCACAGAAAUCACGAGCCAUGUCACAUGACGAACGUUUACAAACCAAGCCGGAAGUGGAGUGAACUGACGCACGUCUACKGGAACAGCUGUGCAAGGGCCCAAAAACAGAAAACAUCAGACAGUAUUUUAGUCUGAAUUAAAGCUGGAUCAAGAUGACUACACCUGAAAAAUARCCUAGGUCUUCAAUUGAAGAUGAUUUCAACUAUGGGACAAACGUUGCGACUGCGAGUGUGCAAAUCCGGAUGGAUUUUCUGCGCAAGGUAUACACCAUCCUUUCUCUUCAGAUCAUCCUGACCACGGCUACCUCUGCUCUCUUCAUGUUCUGUGACACCAUCAAGGACUUUGUCCAUUCAAGUCCAGCGGUCGUGUUGGUGUCAGCCAUUGGCUCCCUGGUGUUGAUCGUUGCCCUGGCCUUCUACAGACAUCAACACCCCAUUAACCUAUACCUGCUUGCCGCAUUCACUCUGUUGGAGUCGGUCUCUGUUGCUACCGCAGUGACCUUCUAUGAGUACUCCAUCGUGCUCCAGGCCUUCUUCCUCACAGCAGCUGUGUUCCUUGGGCUGACUGCCUACACCUUCCAGUCUAAGAGAGACUUCAGUAAACUGGGAGCUGG